AUGGAACAAAAAAAAAAUAAACAAUUCACUUGGGUAAUUGCAGAAAAAGAUGCAACAUUGGAGGAUUUGAAAUCUCUUCUGAUUUCCGAACUUACCCUUCCUGAUGGCACUGAAACUGAAGAUGUCACUAUUUAUAUAAAGAAUAAGCAAGAGAAACAUCUUAUUUCAAAUAAUGAAGAUUUAUUGAGAUAUUUCUGGAGUAAAAUAAGAUUCCAAAAUGAUGAAGCUGAUGUUAAUUUAAUUGUUGAAACUGAAUUGUUUAAUAUUGGAGGGAACAAUUACACAGCUAUUCCCCAAGAAGCUAUAAAACAAUUUUUAAAAAUGUUAUUACAAUGUAAGAUAAUUGCUUUUGUAUCAGUGAUUGGCUCUACUGAAGGAUGCAAUUCUGUAAUCAGUGGAGUUACAGAAGCUAAAAAACAAGAUGACAUAGCUCAAAAUUCAGUUCAACUUCAAUCUGUUAUGCAGGUAAAUAACUUUGGUUAA